GGCUGCGCGCAGCGCGGGAUGGUGCGCCCCGGCGGGCUGUGCCGCCUGCUGCUGCUGCUGCUGCAGGGCUCUCUCCUCCUGCUGGCCACAGCCCGGCACGGCCGCGCCGCCGCCUGCCCGCUCCGCAGAAAGCAAAAUGAGCUGAACUCCUUCCUGUGGACAAUCAAGAGAGAUCCCCCAUCUUAUUUCUUUGGCACCAUCCAUGUCCCAUACACGCGUGUCUGGGAUUUCAUCCCAGAGAAUUCCAAGAAAGCUUUCCAGCAGAGCCACAUCGUGUACUUUGAGCUGGAUCUCACUGAUCCCUACACCAUCUCAGCUCUCACCAGCUGCCAACUCCUGCCACAGGGGGAGAACCUCCAAGAUGUGCUGCCCCGUGACAUCUACCACCGGCUGAAGCGGCACCUGGAAUAUGUGAAGCUCAUGAUGCCAUCCUGGAUGACCCCAGACCAGCGGGGCAAAGGGCUGUAUGCAGACUACCUCUUCAAUGCUAUUGCUGGCAACUGGGAGCGGAAGAGGCCGGUCUGGGUGAUGCUGAUGGUGAACUCCCUGACAGAGGUAGACAUCAAGUCGCGAGGUGUGCCCGUCCUGGAUCUGUUCCUGGCCCAGGAAGCAGAGCGGCUGAGGAAGCAAACAGGCGCUGUGGAGAAAGUAGAAGAGCAGUGCCACCCACUCAAUGGGCUGAACCUCUCCCAGGUGAUCUUUGCUUUGAAUCAGACUCUCUUGCAGCAGGAGAGCCUCCGAGCAGGCAGUUUCCAGAUCCCCUAUACGACAGAAGACCUUAUCAAGCAUUACAACUGUGGGGACCUCAACUCCAUCAUCUUCAACCAUGACACUUCUCAAGUCCCAAAUUUCAUUAAUGCUACACUUCCAGCCCAUGAACGCAUUACUGCCCAAGAAAUAGACAGCUACUUCCGGCAGGAGCUCAUCUACAAACGAAAUGAGCGAAUGGGCAGGAGGGUGAAGGACCUGCUGGAAGAGCACCCACACAAGAGUUUCUUCUUUGCGUUUGGAGCUGGUCACUUCAUGGGCAACAACACAGUGAUUGAUGUUUUGAGGAGAGAAGGGUACGAGGUAGAACACACUCCAGCUGGACAAGCCAUCAGCAACCGAAAAUCUCCCAAAAACUUUUUAGCAUUUUCAUCAUCACACAGUCCCUAUGUCAUGUCGCAUGAGCUCCCACUGAAGGAGAAGGAAGAGGAGGAGGAAGAUUUCCUGCCUCACCUGCUAUUCCCUGACAGCAUUGAUAUGCUCAUGAAAGUAGACAGGAAGUACAGAAAGAAGAAGAAAAAGCAGCAGAAGAAGCAAAGACUGCGACAAUUUAAUGACCUCUGGGUUCGCCUUGAAGAAAGUGCUACCGAUCCUCCUCCCCGGAUCCGCAUCAUCAAUGGCUACAUCACGGUUGAGCCCCAGCCUCGGGGCCACGGACAGUCCAGUCACACUCGUGCAGACACCAGCAGUGCUCACCAGCUUUCCCAUCCUCUCUUCCUUCCGCUACUGACUUUGACUUUGCAUAAGAUAAUGCUUCAUUGAAACACAGGAGGACCCAAGCUGCAAGACUCUUGCCUUAAAAAUCAAAAUAAGAAACUUACGCAAAAGAAGAAAUAGAAGACUAUGAGUAGGACACCUCUUCUUUGGGCUGUUCUUAAACUGCCUCCUUUUCCUGAGUCCGGAUCAUUAACUCUAUUCUGGUUUGACCUGCCCAAUACAGGAGAAGAUAUUUUAAUGAAAGUAUUAUUUAUCCUUCUCUUGCAGAAGAAUGAUUUCAUGUUAUCCCAUAAUACUUUGGGGAGAUUAUAAUGUCGCUAUAACAUAGCUGUUGUUUAGCUGUUUGAGCCCAUCUAAAGUACGUAUUUUUCACCUUCAGUGCCUUGUAAAAAGAUUUACACACCACUGACUUGUUUAUUGGAACAGAAUAUUUUGAUCAUAUGAGCACAGCUGGGAAAGAGAGUUGGUAUUUACUGUAUGUCUCUACUGGUAAUGCUUUAAAUUCUUGCUUGUUAGGGCUCCAAAUUACAGAUAAAGUUUCAUGACAACACCUGCAAUAGAAUAAAACAGUGAAGACUUGUGGACUGAAUGUUUCUGCUGUCUGUUUGGUGCUAUUUAGGAUGAGUCCCCCUGAACCUCUAGUGACCAGGCAAGUCUCGUAAGUGCAAACUAAUGUACAUUUAAGAGAAAAAAAAAAAGAAAAAAUCAGUGGGAACUUCACAAAUGGUGAUGUUGGAGUCUUCCAAAAUAAGUUCUCAAGAGGUGAUCUGCACAAUUAAGACCUAAUUCCAGAAAAUCCUUUCAAGUUUUCCACUGAGUUCGU